AUGAAGAAGAAGAAAAAGAAACGAAAAGCUGAAAAUACUGAAGGAACUGUGAAAGCGAAGAAAGUAAAGUUUGCUAUCGACGGUCCUACGCAGGCUUCAAAGCCAUCAGCGAAAGAGAAGGUUUCUCUAGCAUCUAGUCGGCAACAGGAAGAGGUUGCACAACGAAUUCUCAUCGACGACGAAGAGGUUACUGAUGAUGAUGAUGAUGAGUCUGGUAAUCCUAAGGAGGUACCAAAGUCAUCAUGGGACGAGCUCUAUCUGCCUGAAACGUUAAUGUGGGCGAUUCGAGAAAUGGGGUUCAAAUCUCCUACCGAGAUACAAAAACAAGUGCUUCCCCUAGCAGUUCGAGACCACUGUGAUGUUCUGGGAGCAGCAGAGACGGGCAGCGGCAAAACGCUGGCCUAUGCGAUACCGAUGGCUACUCGACUUCUAGAGUUACCGCAAGAGGCUCAGUUGAAGAAAACUGGUCCCAAGGCGCUCAUCCUAGCUCCCACGAGAGAGCUGGUCGUGCAAGUGAUGAAGCAUGUAACAGCCCUUUUGAAAUUCACGAGUUUCAAAGCAUUCCCAAUCGUUGGUGGGCUAGCACAAGUCCGACAGGCUCGUAUUCUCAGGGAGCAGAAACCCGAAGUAAUUGUGGCAACUCCUGGACGCCUCUGGGCUAUGAUGAAAGAGAUGGAAGAGGGUGUUCCUGUAUGCCAGUACCUAACAGACUGGAGCGGUCUAGUAUGCUUAGUCGUGGACGAGACGGAUCGUAUGGUCGAAAAGGGACAUUUUGAAGAAAUGGAGGAUAUCUUAAAAUAUGUAAGAAAAUCAGCAACAGAUAAGCUGCAAACGCUGGUGUUCUCAGCGACUUUGACGUAUGUUCAUCAUGAUCAGUCCCGAGUUGGAUCGACGAAAAAGGAGCUGACACCACAGCAAAAAAUAAAAGAGCUGAUUAAACUUACUGGAAUGCGUCCACAUUGCAAAGUUGUUGAUAUUACCCGGGAGUUCGGUACAGCUGAAGCGCUCGUGGAAACAAGGAUCAACUGCUCGAAUCUCCUAGAGAAAGAUACGACGAUAGUGUAUCUUUUGGAACGAUACAAAGGUCGCACGUUAAUUUUCACGAAUUCUGUUGAUGCUUCACGUCGUAUGUACGGAAUACUGAAGCUGCUGAAGCUACAACCACUGAUGAUUCAUGCGAAAAUGGAGCAAAAAGUUCGGCUGAAGAAUUUGGAGAAAUUUGCAGCGGAUUCGAGGAGUGUGUUAUUAGCGACCGAUGUGGCAGCUCGUGGGCUUGAUAUCCAGGGAAUCGAUAACGUUAUUCACUAUCAAGUGCCAAAAACUGCAGAAAUGUAUAUUCAUCGAUCGGGUCGAACUGCCCGAGCAUCACGAAAAGGUCUGUCAGUACUGAUCGUGGAUUCGAAGGAUGCUCACCUGUACCGACGGCUGUGCAAGAAUCUUCAAUCGAGAGAGAGACUUACCAGUGUUCCCAGUCGACUGUCCAGAAUUGAUGAAACGACUGACAACCCGUGUAAAGCUGGCUUCCGCUCUCGACACGCUCGCAUAUCGGAGCAAGCUGAGCAGGAGAACUCGAACAAUGAAAUGAAUACGAUCAAGGAGAAGGAGAUAGAAUUACAGGCCGAGUUAAGGGCUGAGCUUGCUGAGCCACUGCCAAGCAUAGGCCGAAUCAACAUACCGAAAACUCGAUACAUCAAUCCGGAUGUGGUUGCGCAGUAUGAAAAGAUCACCUCAACGUCAAUGAAUUCGUUGGAUGCAUUGGAAGAAAAACUAGCCGAAGUGGAAGCGCGGAAGAAAAAAGCACGUAAACUCAUCACCACGCAUCAGUUAAGGGCGAAGAAGUUCCGGCACAAAAAGAAACACUGA